AUGGCUGUGCAAAAGAAGUACAAAAGAAAGCAGGUCACUGUAUCAUGCAGCGUACUAAAAGCUCGGCAAAGCUUGGAACCCAGCCAGCCCUGGAAACGCUCACGGCGCGGAAUCAUUAAGACUGGGACUGAAGGGGGGGAAUCGGCAUGGCUGUGUACCAUCCAUACGCAUACGAUCUUGCAGAAUGAAGAAGAAAAGCGCCACCAUCGUCAAGAGCCCAUCGGGCCGUCGCAUCUUUUUCUGCCAAUCCUCGGUUACACCGACAUAAUAAGGAUGUGGCUUGACGUUUCUCCUCCUUCCUCCUUCCUCCGUGUGCUUCAGAUCUUUUUUCAAACAGAAAGGCCCACCUCAACAGCCGAUGAUCUAUUGUUUUUUUCCUGUCCUUCUGGAAGGCCGUUCAACGUUCGAUAUGGGGUAAAGUUUCUCGACCAGGUUCGAUGUCCGUGGAGGCCCAGCCAUGGCGAUCCCGCAUGCUGUAUCUGGAACUAUUUCAAGACUUUUGAAACGUCAACCACGGGUGCUUUCGUCGCGCGCAGUCACGGGAGACUUUCUUUCUGCUUAGAUUCCUUCUCAGCCACCAAUGGACCCCUAGCUUCAGAAGCUCCAAGGGGGGGAUGGGUAUCCGCAAGAGAAGAAGCAUUGGGCAGCUGUGGGCCCUGA